UAUUUACACAAACCUAUACUUUCCUUAUAUAGCCCCCCUUUCCACUCGAUGCUCCGAAUUUGUUUCCCAAAAUCCUCACCAAAACGACGACUCCCCGAUUUGUCUCCACGCCCAAAUAUAGAUAUAGAAGGAUGGGGAGAGGGAAGAUCGUGAUAAGGAGGAUCGACGACACGACGAGCAGGCAAGUGACGUUUUCGAAGAGGAGGAACGGUCUGCUGAAGAAGGCGAAGGAGCUGGGGAUCCUGUGCGACGCGGAAGUCGGAGUUAUCAUAUACUCCAGCACUAACAAGCUCUACGAUUUUGCCACAACCAACAUGAAGUCAAUAAUUGAGCGGUACAACAAAUCCAAGGAGGAACAUCACCAAUUGGCUAACUCAAGUUCUGAGGUCAAGUUUUGGCAAAGGGAGGCAGCAAUGCUGAGGCAACAACUACAAAAUCUGCAAGAGAAUCAUCGCAUUGAUUCUCAAGAACACGUCUGCAGCAGGCAAAUGAUGGGAGAAGAGCUUUCCGGUUUGAGUGUCAAAGAACUGCAGACUAUGGAAACCCAACUAGAAAUGAGUCUUAGAGGAGUUCGUAUGAAGAAGGACCAAAUGUUCAUGGAUGAAAUUCAAGAGCUUAGUCAAAAGGUCCACUUCUGGUUACUUUACCACUCACCGUCCUCUCUUUUCUGUUUGUUUCACUUCAACGGCUUACUUUUCUUGCCUAUGUUGCAGGGAAACCUCCUUCAUCAAGAAAACGUGGAACUGGUAAACCUAGCUCGUCAAGAGAAUAUGGAGUUAUGUAAGAAGGGUUUUGGAACUAGAGAUCCAAAUGGAGCAAAACGAAAUGGUUUUCUAUCAAACAAUUUAAGCCUUGUAGAGGACUUACAUGCACCUGUCCAACUCCAGCUUUGCCAGCCACAGCAAUCAAACCAUGAAACACCAACAAGAGCUACAAAAUUGGGCAGACUACAACUGCCCUAGGAAAGAAGUUGAAUCAACUGUGGGUGGAUGUAAUUAAGACGCUAUCAUCCCAAGGCCCCGCAUUUACUGAUUUGAUGCUUUGAUUGGUGACAAGUGCAACAUGAAUUUCAAAACAGUCCAGCAGAAAGACUUCAAUUCAACUUUAUCGCAAAAUCAGCACUAGAAUGUGUGAGGUGACCAAAGAAACCAGCUAUUUAUGUAAAGUUGAGACAAUAAUAAGGAGAAGGUUGAAAGCACUGCUUGUGACAGGUGACUUUAGCUAUCUCAAUAUAUUUACCUACACCUGAGAUGGACAAACCAACUAUAAAGUAGUUUUCCCUACUUUUCCUUUGAUAUAGAUUUCCUGAAAAGGCAUUUCCUAAUACUUGUUUGAACCCAUCAGUAGCAUAUGGGUAAGUUGGCGUCAGUUGUGGAAUACAACCACCAAAUGAAAUGAUAUUUAAUAAUGCUUAUACAGAAUAA